AUGUACAACAAGCAAGACGUAAUUUAUGCUUUUACGAUAUUAAUAGGGUAUAGGUUAACCACUACAUCUACACCCUUGAGAAGACCGAACUACAAAUACCACCGAACCAAUUGGAAGUGCCGAACCACGUCUAAGCACCGAACUAUACCUAAAAUUCCGAACUACAUGAAAGAACGAACAAAGUUGUUCAUUUAUAGAAGGAGUCGUUUAACAGUAAUACGGAGAUUGAACCUGGAGACACAUAAGGAAGGUGUUAAUUUUGGAAAGGAUUUAAAAAGAACCGUUGGAAGUGGGAAGUCAAAAGGUUGGAUCGGCGUAUUCAUAUUGGCGCUUUAUAUAGCCCUUCUUCACUCUUCCCGCUGCUCUCCAAACAGCUUUCAAGAAGAUUUCAAGAAGAAGAAUAAUAGAGGGUAUUUUCAAUUAGGCCAAGAUUCUUCAGCCCUCCCUUCAUCACUGCAUUUAUCGGGCUAUUGGUUUGGUUCAUCGUCAUCAUCGAUCAAGAAAAAGAGUCACCUAAUCUUUGGUCAAGCAUCCAUUGAACAAAGACGAUUGGUCAAGCAAGUGGCGAUGUUGGUUAUUACCGAUUCAUAUAGCCAUCUCUUCUUCACAAGCCAUAUUUUGUGUGCCACAAACAUUACAUAUUUUGCACUGAUAAGAAGAUUCUUUACUGAAAUCAUGCUACAACCUUCAACAACACCUAUUGAUUGGGUUAAAGGAAAUGAUGGGAUUAACAUACUUGAUGUUUGA